CACUUUUGUUGACCAUACAAAUAAAUAUAUUGUGAAGUAGUGCUUGUCAACGCUGCCCCGCACGCGCAUGUGUACAAGCCCCGCUGCGCUCUCUCACUCGCACUCGGCUGUUUUUGCCAGCUGCUGCGAUUGCAAAUUUCAUUACUCAUCAUCCGCUUUGUAUAUGCAUGCAGUCAUCGAAAGUUUGAGCUUGUGAUUUUUUGCGGUCGUGCCAAGUUAUUUAUUUACAUAUUUUGUUUAUGUGUGGGAAUCGUUGUGGGAGCAGCAGCAGCAGCAACAAUAGCAACAGCCAGCGACACUCUUGGGAGUGUAGUUAACUGUAAAUUUUGGUGUGCCUGUCUCUGAGGAAAACAGAGUGCCAAUUUACAAAUUGUGGAAACCGGAGUAGGAGGAUAAGUUCCCAGCAGCAGCAGUUCGUGUACACUUUUACUAAAUUCAAGCGAUAUCAAAGACGUUGCAGCUUGCUGCCAGAAGUAGCGACGCCGGACAAAAUCGGCUUAUAUACACAGGUACACAAAAAGCGUAAGGCGUGCGCUUUAUUGCGCGUGGGAUUCCCUCAGGAAAACAAACCCAAAAAGAGUAGUCAGUUGUCAGCUGUUAGUUGAACACUCGAUGCCCGGUUUCCACCUCAAUGAAAUGGGUGAAAUGGUCUUGGACGCCAUCGACGACAUUGGCGUGGUCGAUGUCUAUGAUCUGGCCUCUGAUAUUGGCAAGGAAUAUGAACGCAUUAUGGAUCGCUAUGGCACAGAUUCGGUGAGCGGUCUGAUGCCAAAAAUAAUAAAUACGCUCGAGUUGCUCGAGGCACUGGCCACAAAGAACGAGCGUGAGAAUGCCACAAUACAGGAGCUACGGGAUAAGAUUGCGCAACUAGAAAGCGAAAAGCUGGAGAAGGCAGAGUUUCGGCGACGAUUCGAGAAGGAGCUGGAGCUCAUCGAGGAGCAAUGGCGCAGCGAGACAAAUGAGUUAGUCGAUUUGGUCUCCUCGCUGCAGGACGAGAACAAGCGUCUGGUGAAACAAACACAGGAUCUGCAGUCAUCGUCGGCACAAAGCUCAGGCCUUGGUGCCAGUCUCACGGAGAGCAUUAUUAGCAUGACGAAUAAUGAGCUGCAUAGUGCAUUGUCCGAUACGCAGGUGCUCCAGCGUCUGAAGGAGCAGAUCUAUAAGCAGCGGGAUGAGCUGAAACAGCGCGAGCGUGAACUGCAGGAUAAAUAUAGCGAGCUGGAUCAUCUCAAUAUUCAGGCGGAACGUUUGAAGGCCUCGGAACGCGACACGAGGCGACGGCACAAGCUGAUGCAGGCGCAGGUGAAGACACUGUGCGAAGAGCGCGCCGAUUUUCUGGCUCAGCUACAGGAUCAGUGCCGUGAGAUUAACUCGCUGCGCAAGCGUCUGGGCCUGGCCGAGAAGGAAAACGAGGAUCUGGUACAAUCAUAUGACGAUGACCAGAACGAUCCGAAUCGGCCGCGCUACACAACGCGUGAGCUCAAAGAGCUGAUUAGGGAACGCGAUGAGCUGCUCACAACCAUUUACAACUUGAACGAUCAGCUGGCUGAGCUGAAGCCGCCAAACAAAAAACGCACACGCCACAUUUCCAGCUCCGAUGACAGCGAUGACGACGAUGCUGAUGACGGACAUGGCGCCGACGAGGAUGAUGAGGAGGAUAACGGCGUUGAGGCGGAUGUGGGCGACGAUGCGGCAGCAGCAGGCGAAACUCCGCCUGGUCAUGAUGCGCCGGUGCAGGGACCGUUGCCGUACGAACCAGACGAUGCGCCCUGGAAGAAGAGCUCCGAGUCGGGCAUACGUAAAUUCUUUCGCAAGCUCUUCUCGGAUCCGGAUGGUAACAAUUCAUUCCCAAAACGUUCCUUGGCCACGCUCUCCAAAAUGGCGCUUUCGGCCACGCCGGGCAGCGGCGAUACAAAAUAGAGCGUUCGCUCCUCACGUACCUCUCGGUUCAAUUAACAUGAAGUGCAUUUGAUUGAUUUUGUGGUAUGAUUUUAGAUGACCUGUGUUUUAUCUAUUAUUUCGUCUAUUAGGGAUUAAGGCUUCGAAUGUCAUCUCUGUUCCGCACUCUCCCGCACCCCCUGUACCAUAUUUGUUUCCAUCCUGUCUAUUUCCCAGUUUGUUACUUAACUCUUUAUUAAGCUGUAAAUAUUUCACUAAUUUAAUUGCUACUAAGUUGUUAUAUUUAUUAUAAUUACUAUUUUUUUAUACAAGUAUAUGUAUUUAUGUGCUCACAAUUUAAUAUAAGUACGUCGACUCUAUUCCGCUUUUUUGCCUUCUACUUAAAUUCUAUGAGGAAGAAAGGAAAAACUUGCACUUGCAACAAAACAAAACAAAACAAACAAUACGGACUUAGACUAUUUUACAUUAAAUAGAAACGAAGAAGAGGGAAUAUGACCAAACCAAUUAGGCUUGACUAGCAAGCGCCAAAGUUAUUUGAAGUGAGAUGCGUGCAUCCCCAUAUUAGAUAUCCAUAAACAUACCCUAUACAUAUGGAAAUGUUCCAAAGAACGAAACGUGCAAAAACUGGCCAAAGUGCCGUUUAGAUCGGAACGAGUGAGUUUUAUGAAUUUAGAUUACCAAAACAAAUAUAUGAAAGAAUAUAAUAUUAAAACCGAAAAAUGUCUGUAAGCAUCUUAUAAGAUAAAGCCAAUGAGGUGCGAAUUUGUAAAUGCUUGAAAUUUUAUUGUUGUGGAACAUUUUAGACCACACAACCUUACAAAGAACAACAAAAACCGGCGUUUCAAUUGUGAAAUCACUUUUAUGUGCAAACUGCGAAUUAAAAGAUAUAAACCAUUGGCAAUAUUUUGCUGAACAUAUAGCCCGAUCUGAUGUUCAAUCUGGAAUGUGCAAUUAACGCUUUACACCCCAAAUUUUAGUUAGUUUAUUAAUCUCGAAUAUUAAGGACUUAUUCAAGUUCUAAUUGAGAUUCUCCAAUUUAUACAAAGUCAGUCAUUUCAGGCCAAUGAUUAAAGGAAUUUUUUUAGAUGAGCUCACU